AUGUCCCUCGCUGACCGCAUCACUGGUCUCUUCUCGCCCACGACGCCCUCCUCACCGGCUCCUCUUGACGAUCGACAUGCGGCCGGCGCAGACCUCCUCACCGAUCUUGGAUACCGCGGCACCCCCACCACCCCAGACGCCGCUCACCACCAGUCACCGCUCUCAGCUCAGGCCCAGGCCCAGGCACAGGCCAUGAGCAACGCCGCCUCCGACCAAGAUGCCGACCUCGGCGAGGAGGCGCGCCCUCCCUACCUGCACGCCAUGAUCGCCGGCGGCAUAGGCGGCUCGACAGGCGACAUGCUCAUGCACUCCCUCGACACCGUCAAGACGCGCCAGCAGGGCGACCCACACGUGCCCCCCAAGUACAACAGCCUCACCACAUCCUACUACACGAUAUGGCGGCAGGAGGGCGUGCGCAGAGGCCUGUACGGCGGGUGGAAACCCGCCCUCGGCGGCUCCUUUCCGGGUACCAUGCUCUUCUUCGGCACGUAUGAAUGGAGCAAGCGCGUGUUGAUCGAUGGCGGGGUGCCGCACCACCUCGCCUAUUUUUCGGCCGGAUUCCUCGGCGACCUGGCGUCGUCCAUCGUCUACUUCUCCUCCGAGGUGCUCAAGGCGCCGGCUGACAGCUCCCAAGGCGCCUCAACCAAUCCGAGGGCCCCAAGGCGCUCUUCCACGGCUACAAAGGCGACGCUGUACCGCGACCUGCCCUUCUCCGCGCUGCAGCUCAUGUUCUGGGAGCAGUUCCACGCCUGGGCGCGCGCCUACAAAGGAAGCCGCGAGGUCGGCGUGCCGCUCGAGCUGCUGACGGGCGGCCCUAGCCGGCGGUCUCGCGGGCAUAGUGACGUGUCCGCUCGACGUCGUCAAGACGAGGCUGCAGACGCAGGUGCACAUUCCGCCCGAGGCGGCGGCGGCGGCGGCGGCGACGAACAAGACGGCGCACGCGUCACAUCCUCAGAAGCGCAACAUCUCGACGUCUUCGCCGUCGACGCACACGCCACGCCUCGGCGCCGUCAACCUGAAGACCAUGUCUGUGCUCAAGGGCCUCAGGGUGAUUUACCAGACCGAGGGCCUCGGGGGCUGGUUCCGGGGCGUGGGUCCCCGCGGCGUGUGGACGUUCAUCCAGAGCGGGUGCAUGCUGUUCUUGUACCAGAGGUUACUGCGGGAGUUGUCGAUCUGGGACCCGCAAGACGAGGAGAAGGCAGCGCCCAUGUGAAGGGGGUAGCGGCGCGCGAUACGCACAAAGGGCUGGAUGCGCAACGGGGCAGAGCGUCAGAGCGAGGGAGCGAGAGAGCAUCCAUGUACAACAACGAGAGCAUUUUCUGUACAAUGUGUAGGACCUAG